AUGUCCAACAAAAAGAAGAGUAAGAGUAAGGCCAGCGAGAGCCACAAGCGUGGUGGAAGAGAGAACAGUCCUCGCGGACAACACAACCCCCCCUCACCGCAAAGAGGCAACAGUAUCUCUGAUCAGCAAGGAAGCGAGAACAGCGGUACUGGCUCUAGAACAUACGGGAUCAAAUUAGCCGCUCGCUUGUUCCGCAAUCCAUUGUUUUCCAAAAGAGGGUUUAAGCAUGCAAAAGAAGUACUAAAAAUUGAGAGGUUAGAUAAAUUAAAAAGCGUAAUAAGGUGUGCAGGCAGCUUCUGUCUCUUCUUUUACCCUUGGUUUUUGACAGGAUACAGUAUCGCCGGUUUUUUAUAUGGGGACAAAAAUAAUAGUAUACAUGUUUUUGUGUAUGCCAAUCCACUAUUUACUGCUAUUCCCUAUUGCAUACGAUACUUGGAUGAUGUCGAUACAUUGCUUUUAAGCACAUUUGAGAUUGAGGAGAAGAGCUUGCUCGGAUAUUUCGCAGACCCGGGAAUCAGAGAGCUUCUCUUGACUGUUUUUGAGAUUGCCGGGCUCAUUUAUCAAUGCAUCAAGGGUGGACAGAAGUAUAGAAUCUUUGUAUUGGGGAUUCUCAGUUUUAUUUUUUAUCUUCUAGGAAAUAUUAUCCUGAUCGUGAAAAGAAAGAAAAGGCCAGGAUCGGUAGCGGGUGACUCGGCGUGA